GACAGAGCAGAAGCGAGGGAUGUCCAUCUUUCAUCUUUUCUUCUUCUUCCGCUGCUGUGAACACUGACAUGGAGCUGCAGAGAUGUGAGCUGAACUCCUGCUGGGAUGAUGAAGACGAGGAUGAAGACGACGACAUGCUGCUGCAGGUGGAGGACGGAGGCUACGAGUCGUCUGUCUCUCAGGAGAAGCAGGACGCUCUGAACUCCAGCAGAAACAGCGACUCUGAACGUCCAAUCAGCCUCAAGACGGACAAAGCGGGCCGUCUCCUCCUGGAGACACCAGACGACCUGCAGAACCUUCUGCUGCUGAGGAAGACCAAGAGAGAGCAGAAAGCUGCAGUCAGGAAAUCAGCUGCUGCUCCCCCUGCUGUCCGCUCAGUGCCAUACUACGUGGACGAGGAGGAUUUCCUGAAGGCCUGUGAUCAGAAGCAGCUGCAGGUGAUUGACAGGUACCUGUCCACAGGUGGAGACGUCAACACCUGCGACUCUUUUGAGCGAACAGGUCUCCACAGAGCGUGCUCCAAAGGUCACACAGAGGUCGUCACCAAACUGCUGGAGGCCGGAGCGAACAUCCACAGCAGAGACAAGCUCUGGUCCACCUGCGUCCACUCUGCCUGCCGAGGAGGAAAUCUGUCUGUACUCCAGCUUGUGUUGAAUCACGGAGCAGACAUUAGUGCAACUGACAAGCUGGACAGCACUCCUCUUCAUGUCUCUGUGAGGACCGGACACUUGGACUGUGUUGAACAUCUGAUUCACUGCGGAGCUGAAGUCAACACACAGGACAAGGAAGGAGAUUCUCCGCUUCACGACGCUGUUCGACUCAACAGGUUCAAAAUCAUCCAGCUGCUGCUGCUGCACGGAGCCAACACACACACCACCAACCAGGAGGGACGUACUCCUCUCGACGGGGUGCUGGAGUGGCAGAACGAAGCGAAGUCUCUCCUCAUCGAGCAGAACGACAGGAAGUGAUGUCACAAACAUGUGAUUACUGACGGCGUGACUGAAGGUUCCUGAUUUGUUCCUAUAACUGAUGAACGAGGUUCAUCGAUGUCAAAGAAAACUCUCAGAUGAAUAUGGAGUUUUUAUUUUUAAUGUAAAAGGACGAGUUCAGUGUUUUCAUGUGUGUCUUAAACCAACAGUCAGUCAUCAA